AUGUAUCUUUCAAACAUACAAAUUUUAAUUUCCCUAUUACCAUUAAUUGGAUUGAUACUUUAUCAUUUAUUUAAAAACAAAACAAGUAAUCCUAAAGAUGUAACAGAAUUUUUUGAAAAUUUUAAAGUUGGUGGUCAUCGAGGUUCACCAAUAAUGAGACCUGAAAAUACUAUGGAAUCUUUUGAAAAAGCAAAAUCAGAAGGAGUUGAUUUAAUUGAAUUUGAUUUAUCAUUAACAAAAGAUAAAGUUUGUGUAAUUUUACAUGAUGAUACAUUAGAUAGGACAACAAAUAUGAAAGGAAAUAUUAGAAAUUAUACAUUUAAUGAAUUGAAAAAAGCCAAUGCUGCAGCUAAAUUUAAUUGGCCAUCAGGGGAGACAAUCUUUGAAACUGGUAUUCCAUUAUUAAAAGAUGUAGUACAAUUUGCAAAAAAUAAAAAUUUAAAAAUGUUAUUUGAUAUCAAAGAUACAGAUGAUGAGCUUGUUGAUCAACUUCUAAAAUUAUUUAAAAGCGAAAAUUUAUAUAAUAAUACUAUUAUAUGCUCAUUUUUUCCUCAAGUAAUUUACAAAAUUAAAAGUGCAGAUCCACAAAUACUUGUUGGAUAUACAUGGCGUCGAUACUUCUUUUCAUAUAAUGACAUUCAAAAUUUACAUCCACGUUUUAAUUUUCCUCUUCAUUAUAUUGCUCUUAUGCUUGAUUUUAUAAAUAUUUGGAGUAUAAAAACAUUUUUACCAAGUUUUCUUGGUGUUGAUAUGCUACUUACAGAACGCUCUGAAAUUUCAGAAAGAUUUGUCACUAGUAAUCUUGCUGCUGGAAUAAAAGUUUGUAGCUGGACUGUUAAUGAUUUAAAUGAAAUGAGAUGGAUGCAAAAUAUUUUACAAAUUCCAAUACUUACUGACAAACCAUUUUUAAUUGAAGAUUUACCUUAUUAA